CCAAACAACACUGAAAUCAUUUGAGCUCCGCAGCAGAAAAACACUCGUAAGAGGGGAAGAAGAAGAAGAAGAAGAAGACGAAAUCGCAACUUCCUAUUCUUCCCCUCGCAAAAAACACACGACUACCUUACUUCCAAACUCCCGCAAUGUACCAUACCAUGUCUACCCCAUCCUCCCUCAACGUCCCUUCCUUCCCCUCCCUCUACAAACGGCCCCAUCUCCAUUCCCUCCAAACCAAAAAACCCAACCCCCGCCGCAUGAUGACGAUAAUGUCCUCACACAAAUCCCAUAAUUCCCUCCCUACCCCUCCCCUUCCCUCUUUCUCAAUCCUCCCGAAAAUCGACAAAAACCCCCUCCUUUUCAUCCAAAAACCCCUCGCCCUUGCCGUCUUCUGCAUCACAAUCGGAUUCUUCCCUCUCCGUCUUAUUCCGAUGCGCGCCAUCGCAGCACCGGUGAUCUCUUUGGCGGUCCCUGCAGAUACCGUCCGCCGCAGGAAAUCCGACAAUUCGACCGAUCAUCAGUUCUCGGACUACACCCGGAGACUGCUUGCGGCGGUCUCGGUGCUGCUGCGAACAAUUGAGGAUGUUAAAUCUGGGAGAGUGGAAAUGGCCCGCGUCAAGGAGUCACUGAAGGAGGUUGUCUCGAAGCGGAAGGAGCUGCAGGAGGAGAUCCUGGCUGCACUGAAUGCGGAGCUGAGAGAGUUGAGGAGAGAAAAGGCGGAGUUAAUGAAGAGGGCAGGCAUGGUUCUUGAUUCGGUUUCAAAGGCGCAGAGGGAGAAGGAGAAGCUGGAGAGGAGGGAGGGUGGUGGAGCGGAAAUAAAGGAGAAGAUUGAGAAAUUGGAAGAGAGUAUGGUUGUGGCUGAGGGAGAGUAUAAUGGGAUUUGGGAGAAGGUUGGAGAUAUUGAAGAUGUGAUAUUGAGGAAGGAGACGAUGGCUUAUAGCGUUGGCAUUCGGGAGCUUUCCUUUAUUCAAAGGGAAUGCGAGGUUUUGGUGGAGAGGUUUGAAAGGCAGUGGAAGCAGAUGAGGGUCAAAAGUAUGCCAGAGAGUUCUACUAGCCAGCUCUCCAGAUCAGACAUCCAGAAAGAAUUGGAAACAGCCCGAAAAGAAUAUUGGGAGCAAAUGAUAUUGCCAAGAGUCUUGGAGGUUGAAGAUUCUGAUCUUUUCCAGGAUCAGACUACCAAAGAUUUUGUUUUGAAUAUAAAGCAAAGGUUUAAAGAGUCUAGGGAAAUGCAAAGGACUCUCGAAGCUCGUAUAAGGCAGAAGUUGAAGAGGUAUGGAGAUGAAAAACGCUUUAUAGUGAACACACCAGGAGAUGAGGCAGUGAAGGGUUUCCCAGAAGUUGAGUUAAAGUGGAUGUUUGGAGAUAAAGAGGUGGUUGUUCCCAAAGCUGUUGGACUUCGCUUGUUCCAUGGAUGGAAAAAGUGGCGCGAAGAAGCUAAGGCGGACCUGAAAAGAAAGUUGUUAGAAAAUGUUGACAGUGGCAGGCAGUACAUUGCUCAACAACAGGAGCGUAUCCUUUUGGAUCGAGAUAGGGUGGUGGCCAAGACAUGGUAUAACGAUGAAAGAAAUAGAUGGGAGAUGGAUCCAAUGGCUAUUCCUUAUGCAGUUUCUAAGAAACUAGUUGAGAAUGUUCGCAUUAGGCAUGAUUGGGCUGCCAUGUAUCUUGCACUCAAGGGUGAUGACAAGGAUUAUUACGUUGACAUCCGGGAAUUCGAAGUGCUAUUUGAGGACUUUGGAGGAUUUGAUGGGCUUUAUCUUAAAAUGCUAGCAUCUGGUAUUCCAACUGCCGUUCACUUGAUGUGGAUCCCAUUGUCAGAGCUGGAUAUCCGCCAACAGUUUCUCUUGAUUACAAGGUUGUCUUAUCAAUGCAUAGUUGGAUUCUGGAAGUCUGGGUUUGUAUCUUACAUGAGGCGAUGGUGUUUUGUUAAGAUAAAAAAUAUUACUGAUGACAUAAUGAUCAUGAUUGGUUUUCCAAUUACGGAGUUUAUCAUCCCAAAAUCGGUAAGAAUGAAUCUGGGGAUGGCAUGGCCAGAGGAAGUAGAUCAAACUGUUGGCUCAACGUGGUACCUGAAAUGGCAGUCUGAGGCAGAAAUGAAUUUCAAAGCUAGGAAGAGGGAUGGCUUACAGUGGUUUCUUUGGUUCUUUAUUAGAAGCAUCAUAUACGGAUAUGUGGUUUUUAAUGUGCUCCGCUUUAUGAAGAAAAAGAUCCCAAGAGUCCUUGGUUAUGGACCUUUACGUAGAGAUCCAAACCUACGAAAACUACAAAGAGUGAAAGUUUAUUAUCAGUUUAAGCUACAAAGAAGGAUUCGUAGGAAAAAGGAGGGCGUUGAUCCAAUAAGAUCUGCUUUUGACCAAAUGAAGAGGGUAAAGAACCCACCAAUACGGUUAAAGGACUUUGCUAGUGUUGACUCUAUGAGAGAGGAAAUCAAUGAAAUUGUGGCAUUUCUACAAAAUCCUAGUGCUUUCAGGGAAAUGGGUGCCCGUGCACCUCGGGGAGUUCUUAUUGUAGGUGAGAGGGGAACAGGGAAAACUUCCCUAGCACUAGCGAUUGCUGCAGAAGCUAAGGUGCCUGUUGUUGAAGUGAAGGCUCGCCAACUGGAGGCUGGAUUGUGGGUUGGCCAAAGUGCCUCCAAUGUUAGGGAGCUUUUUCAAACAGCAAGGGAUUUGGCACCAGUGAUAAUCUUUGUUGAGGAUUUCGACCUCUUUGCCGGUGUUCGUGGGAAGUUUAUUCACACUAAAGAGCAGGACCAUGAGGCAUUUAUUAAUCAACUUCUUGUGGAACUUGAUGGGUUUGAAAAACAAGAUGGGGUUGUUUUAAUGGCUACAACUAGAAACCUUAAGCAAAUUGACCAGGCUUUGCAACGACCUGGUCGCAUGGAUAGAGUAUUGCAUCUUCAACGGCCCACUCACAUGGAAAGAGAGAAGAUCUUAUGCAUAGCGGCAAAAGAAACUAUGGAUGAUGAACUCAUUGGUUUUGUAGAUUGGAAAAAGGUUGCUGAGAAGACAGCUCUGUUACGGCCGAUAGAACUGAAACUUGUUCCUUUGGCCUUGGAAGGUAGUGCUUUUAGGAACAAAUUUCUCGAUACUGAUGAACUUAUGAGCUAUUGUGGCUGGUUUGCGAGUCUGAGUGAUGUUGUUCCGAGAGGGUUGAGGAAAACCAAACUUGUGAAGGGGAUUAGCAAAUGGCUAGUAAAUCAUCUUGGAUUGACAUUAACUAGUGAAGAUAUGCAGUCAGUCGUUGAUCUAAUGGAACCAUAUGGUCAGAUUAGCAAUGGGAUCGAACUUUUGAGCCCUCCUCUUGAUUGGACAAGGGAGACAAAAUUUCCACAUGCUGUUUGGGCGGCUGGUCGUGGUCUUAUUGCCCUUCUUCUACCAAAUUUUGAUGAAGUCGACAAUAUAUGGCUUGAGCGGACUUCUUGGGAGGGAAUUGGGUGUACAAAAAUUACGAAGGCCCGAAAUGAAGGUUCCAUGUAUGGAAAUGUAGAAACAAGAUCAUACCUUGAAAAGAAGCUUGUAUUUUGCUUUGGUUCAUAUAUUGCAGCUCAAUUGCUUCUUCCUUUUGGGGAGGAAAAUUUUCUAUCAUCAUCCGAACUCCAGCAAGCGCAAGAGAUAGCAACACGGAUGGUGAUUCAAUAUGGUUGGGGGCCUGAUGAUAGCCCUACAAUUUACUUCUCUAGCAAUGCGUAUACAGCAUUGAGUAUGGGAAACAACCACGAAUACGAGAUGGCGGCCAAAGUUGAAAAGAUGUACGAUGCGGCAUAUGACAAGGCGAAGGAAAUGCUACAAAAAAACUGUGUGGUGCUUGAGAUUAUCGUGGAGCACUUGCUUGAGUUUGAAAAUUUGACCGGAAAGGAUUUGCUUAAGAUUCUUGAAGAGAAUGGUGGGAUUCGGGAACAAGAGCCAUUCUUUCUGUCAAGACAUUAUAGUAAAGAGCUUAGUUCAAGCAGCACCGUUGAUGGUGAGAGUGCAUCAGGAACGACCCUUUUGGGUGCUACAUCAUAGGAGACGAGACAGUGUUAUAGGGAGUCAGCUUCAGAGAUCUCAAGAUCAGAGGAUUUGUGUUUGGCGGGUAAUUUUCCUUUUCCUUCAUAUACAAUCUUCUCUUUUUGAGCUCAUGAGAAGAUUUAGUUUUUGUUUUGUUUUGUUUUUCCCCUGUAAAUUAGUUGUUGAGGCUAAAAACAUUGGGUCGAUGAGGAUGCUUUUUACCUUUUCCCUCUCAAUUAUGUAAACGGAAUUCUCCCUUUUCAAGAAGCAAUAUUAUGUCUCUUUAUUUAUUUAUUUUAUUAAAGAAAAAAGAAAUUUAUUUAUUUUUCUUUCA